AUGCGUGGCCCACCUCAUCCUGAAAUCGUCAAGUGGGUUCUUGAGGCCUGGGAAACUUUAGAAAGAGAGUUAAUUAUCCGUUCUUUCAGAAGCUGCGCACUUACUGUGGCUCCUGACGGAUCUGAAGAUGAUCAGAUUCAUUGCCUAAAGGAGGGUCAAUCUUGUCAUACAGGACAAGAUCGCCUGGCAUCCAUCCAGCAAGCCCUAACAGCUUCUUGCGCGACUGACCCAUUUGCUGAUGUUACGCUGUCGGAUGUCGAGGAGGCAGCACCAGAAAGUUCACUUAUUGAGCUGAGUGACGAUGACAUUGAAGUUGACUGA